UUUCUGAGCAGAGGAGGUUCGUCCUCUCCGGAUCUUGCGGGGCGGUGGCCACGGCCAAGAGGCCUGCGUGGACCUCGGGGACGCGGAGCUGCAAGUCGCGGUUCUCCUGGCCUUGGCGGCACCGGGCGAGAAGAGGCGGUGUCGGGUUCUCACUUUGUCGGAGUCACCGCCAGGCCGGCAGGUUUUGGCUCGACCGUCAUGGCGUCCCAGCCGAGUUCUUCUUCGAAGAAGAAAGAGGAAAAGGGCAAGAACAUUCAGGUGGUGGUGAGAUGCAGACCAUUUAAUUUGGCAGAGCGGAAAGCUAAUGCCCACUCAGUGGUAGAAUGUGAUCAUGCGCGUAAAGAAGUUAGUGUGCGAACUGCAGGCCUGACCGACAAGACCUCAAGGAAAACAUACACGUUUGAUAUGGUGUUUGGAGCAUCUACAAAACAAAUUGAUGUUUACCGAAGUGUUGUGUGUCCAAUUCUAGAUGAAGUUAUUAUGGGCUAUAAUUGCACGAUCUUCGCAUAUGGCCAGACUGGCACUGGAAAAACUUUUACAAUGGAAGGUGAAAGGUCACCUAAUGAAGCAUAUACCUGGGAGGAGGAUCCUUUGGCUGGUAUAAUUCCACGUACUCUUCAUCAAAUUUUUGAGAAACUUACUGAUAAUGGCACUGAGUUUUCAGUUAAAGUGUCCCUAUUGGAGAUCUAUAACGAGGAGCUUUUUGAUCUUCUUAAUUCGUCUUCCGAUGUUUCUGAAAGGCUGCAGUUGUUCGAUGAUCCCCGGAACAAGAGAGGAGUGAUAAUCAAGGGCUUAGAGGAAAUUACCGUACACAAUAAAGAUGAAGUCUACCAGAUCUUAGAGAAGGGCGCAGCGAAAAGGACGACCGCAGCCACCUUGAUGAACGCUUACUCUAGUCGUUCACACUCAGUGUUUUCUGUUACGAUACACAUGAAAGAAACAAUUGACGGAGAAGAGCUUCUUAAAAUUGGAAAGUUGAAUUUGGUUGAUCUUGCAGGAAGUGAAAAUAUUGGGCGUUCUGGAGCUGUUGACAAAAGGGCCCGGGAAGCUGGAAAUAUUAACCAGUCCCUCCUGACUCUGGGAAGAGUUAUUACUGCUCUUGUGGAAAGAACACCUCAUAUUCCUUAUCGAGAAUCUAAACUAACUAGAAUCCUGCAAGAUUCUCUUGGGGGACGUACAAGAACAUCUAUAAUUGCGACCAUUUCCCCUGCAUCUCUCAAUCUUGAGGAAACUCUGAGUACGUUGGAAUAUGCUCACAGAGCAAAGAACAUAAUGAAUAAGCCUGAAGUUAACCAAAAACUCACCAAAAAAGCUCUUAUUAAGGAGUACACUGAAGAGAUCGAGCGUUUGAAACGAGAUCUUGCAGCAGCUCGUGAGAAAAAUGGAGUGUAUAUCUCUGAAGAAAGUUUUAGAGCCAUGAAUGGAAAAGUAACUCUUCAGGAGGAACAAAUUGUUGAAUUGGUUGAAAAAAUCGGUGUUCUUGAGGAGGAGCUCAGUAAGGCUACGGAGUUAUUUAUGGAUAGUAAGAACGAACUUGACCAGUGUAAAUCUGACCUGCAAACCAAGACACAGGAACUUGAAACCACUCAGAAACAUUUGCAAGAAACAAAAUUACAACUUGUUAAAGAGGAAUAUGUCUCUUCAGCCUUGGAAAGAACUGAGAAGAAGCUUCAUGAUACGGCCAGCAAGCUGCUUAGCACAGUUAAAGAAACCACCAGGGAUGUGUCUGGUCUACAUUCUAAGCUGGACCGGAAGCGAGCCAUCGAUGAGCACAACGCUGCAGCUCAGGAGAGCUUUGGCAAAACCCUCAGCAGCCUGUUUAAUAAUAUGGAAGAGCUGAUCAAGGAUGGCAGUGCCAAACAAAAGGCCAUGCUAGACGCGCAUAGGACACUGUUCGGUGACCUGAUGUCUUCCAGUGUUUCUGCACUAGACACCAUGACCACAACAGCACUUGAAUCUCUCAUGUCCAUUCCAGGAAAUGUCUCGACUCGGGUCUCUCAGAUCUCUGAUAUGAUAUUGGAAGAGCAGUCGUUAGCAGCACAGAGUAAAAGUGUCCUGCAGGGAUUGAUUGAUGAACUUGUGACCGACCUUUUCUCUUCCGUGAAGACCAUCAUAGCCCCUGGUGUGGUCUCCAUCUUGAACAUAAAUAGGCAACUACAGCAUAUUUUCAGGGCUUCAUCUACAGUGGCUGAAAAGGUAGAAGAUCAAAAAAGAGAAAUAGACAGUUUUCUCAGUAUAUUGUGUAACAAUUUACAUGAACUCCGACAAAAUACAGUUUCUUCCUUGGUUGAAUCACAAAAGCUUUGUGGAAACCUAACUGAAGACCUGAAGACAAUAAAGGAAACCCAUUCACAGGAACUUUGCCAGUUAAGCAGUAGUUGGGCAGAGAGAUUCUGUGCUUUGGAGAAAAAGUAUGAAAACAUCCAGAAACCACUGAACAGCAUUCAAGAAAUUACAGAGCGGACAUCUACUGAUAUAAUCAACAAAACAACAGUUCACAGUAAGAAAAUUCUUGCUGACUCUGAUGGAUUAUUACAAGAACUCAGACACUUUAACCAAGAAGGCACACAGUUGGUUGAAGAGUCUGUGGGGCACUGCAGUUCACUCAGCAGUAACCUGGAGACAGUGUCCCAGGAGCUCACACAGAGAUGUGAGACCCUGAGCACAAGUACAGUUCAUUUUUCUGAUCAGUGGACAUCCUGCCUAAGCAAGUGGAAGGAGGAGCUUCAGAACUUAAUGGAGUUUGUAAAUGGAUGCUGUGAAGCUUCAAGUUCGGAGAUCACUGAAAAGAUAAGAGGACACACAGCAGUUCUCGAGAACCAGCACGGCUCCUUUGCUGCUCGGAUAACUUCUGAUGAAGAAAAAUUUAAAGCAGGAAGCCUGAAGCUUGAUGAAACUAUAAAAGCUGGUUUAACAAAGCUUAAUUGCUUUCUGCAACAGGAACUGAAACUAGAUAUCCCAACAGGUAUGACACCAGAGAGGAAAAGUUAUUUAUAUCCAUCAACACUCGUGAGAACUGAACCCCGGGAUCAGCUCCUUGAUCAGCUGCAGAAAAAACAGCCCAAGCCAUUAAUGAUGCCAAACGACCCCGAAGGCAGCACAAAGACCAGCCAGGACACUGAUGAAGAAGAGAGGGAGGUUCUGGAGCCAUGCACUGAAGACCUUUUAAAUCAAGAGACGUGUGUACAUACCAGUGUAGAUUGCUCUUCCAGCGGAGGGGUUCCAUUUUUCCAGCAUAAAAAGCCAAAUGGAAAAGACAAAGAAAACAGAGGCCUUAACCCAGUGGAGAAGUGUAAAGUGGAAGAGGUGUCGGAGAACUCCAUCUCCAAGAGCAGACUUCCGCUGCGCGCCUCCAAUAAACCUAUAGCUGAUCAGGGCUAGGGUGUCGUCUUUAAAAUACAGCCUGAAUCCACAGUCUGAAGCGAUGUGAGAUGAAAAUGGGACAGACCAGACUAUGGGAGGCCCACAGUAACCUUAGCUGAGCUGAAAGUCUUUUUUUAUAAUCCCUGUAGUCCAAGUAUGUAGUAAUCGGGGUGCCACUUGGGAUUUACAUUGAAUAUGUGUGUUUCUAGCUUUUUAUAUAAAGAAGCUCUUCUGUAACAAGUACUUUUCUUGUAUAUAAUUAAAUAUCAAAUAUGGAAAUCGUUGUUCCAGGUUUAGACUUGUAUUGCUGAAUGCCAUCUCCUUUGCUGUCUGUCUAAGGCUGCGUUCCAUGUGCAUUUCCCUACCACGAACCAGCCUUGUCUGUUUUGUCUUGGGCUAAGCACUUUUCUCACUUUUCCUGUCACUUAACCAUUUUUAGGCCCACAGAAAGGUUUCCUUAUUAUGAGAAGCCCAGAGUUUUACCUAGAAAUCUUACUUUUCACAGAUUACCUCUACAAUCAUUGUCAAAAAUAAACCUGACCCUGGAAGAACCCUUCCUCCGGGGCUUAUUUGUUCCUCCUUGAUACGCACACAUCUCAUUCCUUCCUGAGUUCUGACCUGUGUCCUCAGGCUCUCUGCAGUGUCAGCUGCUGUUACAGGAGACCUGUCCAGAGCUCUAACUCAUCCUUUGAGGCCCCACUCUAAGGCCUGUGUCUCUUAGAAAUGACAAGAUUGUUUUCAAAGUACCAAUUAUGACAAUGACUUCUAUUUUCUCUAUCUUUUAAAACUUUAUUCCUUGUAUAUAAUAAAAUGUAUAUAUACAUUCUCUCUGUUGAAAUAUUAACCCUUGUUCUUUUGAUCUGACAACCCUGUUUCUGGAAGUUGGCCAUUUCAAGAUAAACCAGAGCACCUACCUAAAAGGAAUGUAUGCAGAGAGUAAGUGUGGUCACAUCAAGUUCGGUGGAUACGGUUCAGAGUGAUGUGACUUCUUAUAUUUUUGACACAAUCUCACUCUGUAGCUCAGACUGGCUUUGGACUCACUAUGCAGCAGGACAAUCCUGUGUCAUCCUUUCAAGGCCUGGGAUUACAGGCACUGUCACUAUGCCUGGCUUUAGAGAUAUGACCUUGUAACUAAGAUCUAACCCUUAAUAGAAAAUUAGAAAAGAUGCUACUUUAAGAAAUCGAUUUUCUUGUGCCAUUUCUCCAGCUCAUUGUAGAAAUAGAAAUGUUAUUUUAAUAAAAAUAAUGGAUAAACUUUUCUGCGAACAGAUGUCAACCUAAUCUGUGGAUAUUAUCUAAUAUGCUUUUGAUAAAUCUCUAAUUGGUAAUUGUUUUUAAAUUUUUUAAAUUAAAUUAUUUUAAUUUUUUGUUC